GUAGAUUGUAGUAUUUUAUUUCAGGAGAGUACUAACUUGCCUUUGUAUUGUGAUUCUGGGCUACUAAUGAUACUAAUUUAUCUCACUUUAUACCAUGUGAUGGCGGCUUGAUUAUGAGACGCAACAGCGUAGAGUAGUGAACGCACUCUACCAGCUGUACAGUGACCCUGAUCCUGUGAAGAAGGUAACGGCCGAUCGUUGGCUACAAGAAAUACAACGAAGCACUCAGGCGUGGAGCAUAGCCUGGGCGCUGCUGGAACAACAGACGAUACAGCUGCUAUUGAUUGCUGCAUGUCGUAAUUGGAUUACUUACAGAGUAUAGAGGUUCAAAACUUUGGAGCACUGACACUUACUUCAAAAAUAACAAAGCAAUGGGCUGAGUUGCCUAGAGACCAAUACGGUGCUGUUCAACAAGAGCUUUUCAAAUCCAUCGCUAAAUUUUCUCUUGGUCCUAAAAUGGUGUUAAUCCAGCUUUGCCGAGCAUUGGUGGGUGUGGCUUUCAAUACGAUGCCUGAUUUAUGGCCCAACACAGUCGUCAGCUGUGUUCAAAGUCUACGCAGUGCUACACAGGUUGUCACGGGUGCUGAUUUCACUUCAGCAACACUUCAGUUUUUAACGAUACUGCCGGAGGAGUUUCAGCGGACUAUUGACAAUGUGACUGCGCAAAGGAGAGGGAUUAUUAGAAGAGAAAUAUGCAGUGGAUUACAGAGUGUACUCUCACUGCUCGAAGAGAUGCUGACAAAUGCUCGAGAUAACUCUGCGAAAAUCGAUGCUAUGCACUGCUGCAGCAGCUGGGUUCAGUUUGGGCUCCCUUUGCCCGAAGUUGACUCUCUCAUCGACCACCUGUUUGCUUGUCUCCUUGUCCCCGAGUUAUUGGAGACGGCCUCAGACACUUUACAAGAGAUGCUCUCCCAUGACGACUCAUUCAAAUAUCCAAUUUCUCUGCGCAAGUUUCUUCAAAGAUUGCUCCAAAUUAAAGAUUUUAUCAGUCUCAAAGUGGAGGAAAAUGAUGUGGAUGUGUGUAUGAGCUUGGCACAGCUGGUGCAAAACGCAGCCAGUGCUAACCUGAAUGUGCUUGUGGGCGUGGCAGAUGAGGAUGGGGAAGAGGCAGAUCUCUGUAUGGGCGUGGUCCAGCUCCUCUUGGAGUUCACUUGUGUGUCUGGCAACUAUCCUGUGGAUGAGCUGUGUUCUGAAGUGUCCCUCACCUUCUGGUCCAACUUCAUGGACCACAUUGCUUCAGAUGAUCCAGACAGGAGCAGGUUUCUCUCUGGGUUCUAUGGAUCCAUUAUCCGCUCUCUCCUUGAGGUGUUUCCAGAUAAGGCGCAAUACCCACUGGAGAAAGAGUGGCAAGACGACUGGAUAGAGGAGGACCGUGACAACUUCACAAAGUACAGAGAGGAUCUGUGUGACGUGGGGGAGUGUAUUCAGAGGACUAUGCACAUGGAGUACAUACAGCACCUCUCCACCCUCUUGUCGUCGUUGCUUGCCUCCUCGCAACCCCCCUCCUGGCAGUCAAUUGAAGCGAUCCUGUACCUCCUGCAAGGUGUCUCCUCCCACCUCCAUCAGCACAGCUCCCCUCAUCUGCAGUCAGUCAUCUCUCUCUUCCCUAGAAUGCCCCUCCAUCCCAUACUAGUGAAGACUGCUCUAACACUGUUAGGCUGUCUGUCCAGCUGGUUCAAGGACCAUGUGGACCUCUUACAAGCCGUUCUCCCCAUGAUCCUUGAUGCGCUGAGUCAGCCAUCUCUUGCACCCAAUGCUGCGUUGGCCUUCAGGGAUGUGUGUGGAGAGUGUGCAGCUGAGCUAGCCCCAGUGGUGCUCCAGAUUGUGCCAGUCUGCAAGACUGCUCUCUCCAACCCGGACCUUGACUCUCGAGAUUGUGUGCGACUGAUAUCAGCUAUCGGCAGCGUCCUCUCGUCAAUGUCUGCCAAGGACCUCCUCUCUCCCCUCGAGUCCCUCGUCCAGUCACGGGUUGAGAGUUUACAAGCCCUAGCGAUGACGGACGUAUCGCCAUUGACAAAGGGACAGGUGGAGAAGGAGCUCGUUAUACUAUCGUCACUUUGUCAUCAUAUUUACCCCACACUGCAGAGUGGAGAAGAACACCCUGUUGUUCUUCUGCUGAUUCAGCUGUUUCCUUCCUUGCAAGCCCUCGUCAGUAAAUGGUGCACUGACCACGACAUUGUAGAGAGCAUUUGUAUCUGUUUCAACCGAGGCAUGCGUACUGUAGGGGAGCAGUAUGUCCCCCUGCUGGAGGGCACCGUGGAAAUAGUUGUGCAAUGUUACGCCGCAGUACAUCACUCAAAGCUUCUGGACACGGCCACACAGAUAGUGGAGGUGUUUGGUAAGGAGGGCUCAUGCUCACAGAUCAUCGGCACUCUGGUGGCACAGCUGCACUCCACCUCAGUACAGGUCUUCCAGGGAGGUAUAGCGGAACACCCGGACACUGUACAGGCGUACCUCGGCCUCAUGACGGCUGUUGUGAAGGUCUGCUCCUAUUUGUUUGUAAACUCAGAGAGCAUCGCUAAUAACCUCUUUGAAAUCAGUCUGACCACCCUCCAAUUACCCGAGCAGCCCACAGUAACAGCCUCAUCUUCUUUCUUUGUUGCCUUCAUCUCCCUAUUCCCUUCCAACGAGGCGGUUAACCAAACCCUCUCCCUCAACGGCCGAACACUAGUGCAGUACAUCCUACAAGCCAUAGCGUGGGCGGCCCCUCGAUCCUAUCUCAGGAUGCUUGCCGACAUUUUGUCAGCUCUCAGUAGCAGCUGUACCUCCCAGCUGUCACAGUGGCUCGAGGAUCUCCUCUCUCAAGAUGGCUACCCGUCCACCCACCUCACCAUUGUGGAGAAACAACAGUUCAAGUCCACCAUGCUGAAGAACAACAAGAAAUUGAUAAAAGACAAAGUGAACGAGUUCUCUCUGAUGUGCAGAGGUUAUCAUGGAACACUGUAUGCAGCGGAGACCUCCUAGUGGGUGUGGUCUAUAUUCUUUUUAAUAUGACUUACGUAUUGUGUGUUGUGCACUCCUAAUUUUCACAAGUCUAUAAUUAUUAUUUCACAAUCACUAAUUUGUUGUGUACAAUCAGACAAUUGUUGUCAUGGACACAGCAGAACCAGUUUUUACGAGAACAACUAUACGUAUAUUAUAGUGAUCACAA